AUCGUGGAGGAACCGGGUUCGAAGCCGACCUUCCGAGCACCAUACCGGCUCAGCCCUACGGAGCUGACCGACAUGAAGAAGCAGAUCGAGUAUCUCCUAGCCAAAGGACUCAUCCGACCAUCUACUUCGCCAUACGGUGCCCCAGUACUCUUCACCCGAAACCGGACGGAAGCCUGCGCAUGUGCAUCGACUACCGAGCUCUUAACAAGCAGACCAUCAAGAAUAAAUAUCCGAUACCGCGAAUCGAUGACCUGCUUGACCAGCUUCGGGGAGCUACGGUAUUUUCCAAACUGGAUCUGCGGUCCGGAUACUGGCAGAUACGGAUGGCGGACAACUCUAUCCACAAAACUGCUUUCCGAACUCGGUACGGAUCGUACGAGUAUUUGGUCAUGCCGUUCGGACUCACCAACGCGCCGGCAACAUUUCAAGCCGAAAUGAACCACAUUCUACGCCCACUUUUGGACGAGUGCGUGGUGGUGUACCUGGACGACAUUCUCAUCUACUCGCGCGACAUGAAGCAGCACGUCGAACACCUGCGACGCGUCUUCGAAAUUCUUCGACGAGAACGAUUCUACGUCAAACUGUCCAAGAGCGAAUUCGCCCUGGAGAAGGUCCAAUUUCUAGGCCACAUGGUGAGCGCUCAAGGAGUUCACGUCGACCCCACAAAAAUCGAAGCCGUACGCUCGUGGAAGACACCCGAGAACGUGAAGGAGUUGCAGCAGUUCCUAGGCUUCGCUAAUUACUACAACAGGUUCGUGCCACAGUAUGCGAAACUCGCAGCUCCACUCACGAAUCUGCUGAAGAAGAAUACGCCCUACAAAUGGGAGAAGAAGCACGAGGAAGCCGUGGAGCAGCUGAAACAGGCACUGACAUCCGCCCCGGUGCUCAUCUUGCCAGAUCCCGAACGUGACUACGUCAUCGAAGCAGACGCCAGUGAUCAGGCUGUGGGAGCAGUCUUGAUGCAAGACCAGGGAAUGGACUGCAACCAAUCGCCUACCUCAGCAAGAAACUGCACGGGGCAGAACUCAACUACCCGAUACACGACAAAGAGGCCCUUACCAUUGUCAUUGCCUUCAAAGUGUGGAGAUGUUAUCUCGAAGGACGCAGAACAACCGUCUACACCGACCACUGCAGCCUGAAAUAUUUGAAGACACAACCC